AUGAGGGGACCCUGCUCACUGUCCUACCUCCUCCUGCUGCCGCUGGGUGUCUGCUUCCCCCUGUUGGACAGAAGGGCACCCCUGGACGCGGUGGGCAGCAGCUGGGCCGCCCUGACGGAGGGGCCCCAGCCCCCCUUGGCACGGAGCACCUGGCGCUGGCCCAGGGCACUGGUGCCACCACAGGCCACGCCCAUCAUCGCCAGGGAACUGUGGGGCCGAGAGCAUGCCGGCUUCCACUUCCGCUUCCGCCUUGGGAGGCGGCACGAGGACUCCGAGGGUGACAGUGGUGGUGAGAAGGCUGGCAGCCGCUCUCUCGGGAGCCUGGCCGAGGAGCUGGGCAGCUACAGCAGGAAGAAAGGCGGCUUCAGCUUCCGUUUCGGCCGGCGGUGA